GCUGCGAAACACAAGUUUGUCGUUGACUACUCUCGCCCUGCGAGCGAUGGUCUCUUCGACGGUGCUGCGUUUGAGAAAUUCUUGCACGAUCGCAUCAAGGUCGAGGGCAAGGCUGGUCAGCUUGGUGACAAUGUCAAAAUUCACCGCGAUGGGGACACCAAGAUCACUGUGACCUCGAACAUCCCUUUCUCCAAACGGUAUCUCAAGUACCUCACCAAAAAGUUCCUCAAGAAGAACACUCUCCGUGACUACCUCCGUGUCGUUGCGUCGUCUAAGGACAACUAUCAGCUCCGGUUCUACAACAUC